AGUCGUUUAUUAAAAGCAACUUUUCAAAAUCUGUAAUGCUUUUGAAAUAUAUUCCUGACUGUUGACUGCAGAAAGUGACUCACGGAAUAUAUAUUUUUAAUUGAAAAAGAUUGAAACCUCGUGGUGUUAGACAUGAAGAUAGGCGUGGCUCUACUUCUCGCUGUCCACCUGUCCCUUGUCGAGUCACAGAUUAGGUCACAUCUGACCUUUCACCUUGUGACCCUAGACCAAGGGAGUGUCGUCCAAUCAGAAGACGUGUCUUUAGAAUCAAACAUGGAGUACACCCAAUCGCGUGAAAUCUGCAAAUCUCCAGGCAACGUCUUCACCUACAGGAUAAGCCCGGGGAACGGCGGCACUGACCUCAUGGACGACACGGAAUCCAUGACGUCAGACACCAAAGGCGCCCUCUCCUGCCUCUACCCGACCACUCUCACCAACAACACCGUCACGUGCAAGUUCGCCAAAUUCUGCACAGAGAAAAAUAACUGCACGGCCGCUCUGUUGAAUGUCUGCCCGGAAACGGAGGAACAUUCUAGCUGGGAGAUGACCCAAGCUAUGGAUAUUACUAUACAAGAAGUUGGUGAACGGAUUGUUGUCACCAGGUGUUUUGCUGUUUGUCAAAACGCUGACAGAAUCGGCGGUAACUAUGGGGACAAGGAUGCCCCUGGGUUGUCGGACCUGGCGAUUGGGUUUAUAGUUGCGGGAGUUAUCGUUCUUGCGUUUGUUAUUGUAGGGGCGAGUAUAUGCUGGCGAAUUGUGAUUUACAAGAACUUUGGGGAGGAGAAGAAAAAAGUGAAACGGGUCGAAUUUGUUUCCUAAACCAGGUAUCGGCAACCUUUCGAGACAGAAGAGCCAAACGUUACAAUCUACAAAAUUUCCCAUUUUUUUUAAAGAGCCACCAACAUUGUAAUGUGCACUUCGGUAGUGGAAAGCAUGGAACCAUUGCCACAGGUCUGCCCACAGCACAGUUGUGGGGCUGGGCCUAAUGGGAUAGCCGAUCAGCUGUCAGCUAUCCACAUGC